GGCUACAAGCCGGCAACACCACCAGCAACGCACGCCGCUCCACAGUUUCCAAGUUGUGUAUUUUGGGAGCGGCAAAUUGGUCCAAGUCCGGAUGUUUUAAGUCCUAUGAAGAAGUGCCCACAUGAAGUGUGUGAGCGCGCACACCUUGUGAGUCCAGGAGGUAGUGUCCAGCUACCGUGGGUGACCCACUUCUCCCACAGUGGUGCGUGUGUGGUGGAGGAGUGAACACGUCUCCAGCUGCGACCUGCUGCCUGCCUGACUCACUCUGCCACCAGCCGUGGUAGUGGAGAGGUUGCUUACACCGGCUCCUGCCACCACCACUCCCGUCCUCCCUAGCUACACGUGCCUCCAACCAUCACUCGCCUUGUUCCCUGCUGUUCAGUCCUAACACUUUAAUUUACACCGGCUAACUGUGAUUCCCCAAGUGUAUUUAUAUACUCAGAAAAUUGUAUAUAUACCGUAUACUUGUGUAUAUAUAUACACUAGCAUCCCCCACCUGUUGAAGGAUCAUGGAGCCACUACAUAAGUAUCGCUGGGGGGACAAUACCAUCUUCGCCCUGACACAGAACAACAAGACUGUGGUCUACGACUUGACUGUCCCGCCUCGUCAGGAGAAUGGUCACUACAUCACGGCUACAAACUACACCUACGGCUAUACCUUCAACUUCGAGGAGGAGUUCGAGGUCGGGGACUACACCGGGUGGAUGAGAGUCAACUGGUGGCACAGCCUCAUCUGGACCACCAUGUACGUCUCCUUCAUCUUCACGGGGACAUCCUUCAUGCAGCACCGGCCCAGGUUCGAACUACGGCCAAUACUGGUAGUUUGGAACAUUGUCCUGGCGGUGUUCAGCACGCUGGGAGCCCUGCGGACCGUGCCUGAAGUGCUCCAUCUCCUCUCCAAAUACGGUCUAGGCUUCACGGUCUGCAUCUCUGGAAAACCCUUCUUGGAUAAUCGAGUUGGUGGAUUCUGGAACUGGAUGUUUACGCUGAGCAAGGUUCCUGAAUUGGGCGACACCGUGUUCAUUGUCUUGAGGAAACAGCCCCUGAUCUUCCUUCAUUGGUAUCACCAUGUGACCGUCCUUCUGUAUGCUUGGUACUCAUAUUCUGACUACAUCGCUACUGCCCGCUGGUUCGUCUGUAUGAAUUACCUUGUGCAUAGUGUUAUGUAUAGCUACUACGCUCUUAAGGCCCUGAGGUUCCGUGUGCCACGUUGGGUCGCAAUGAGCAUUACCACUGCACAGCUAGCUCAGAUGAUAAUGGGUGCUGCUGUUAACAUCUGGGCUUACCAAGUAAAGCAAGCCGGUAAUGAAUGUCACGUUUCGUAUGACAACAUUAAAGUCUCGCUCCUCAUGUACACUUCCUAUUUUGUCCUCUUUGCCCACUUCUUCCGUCGGGCCUAUGUUGUGAACCCGAAACAAGUGGGGGCUCGGCUAGCCAAGAAGGGCCAAGAAUCUUUGGUUUAUGAAGGAAAGAGUAGCAAGGGAAAAUUGGAAUAAAAAUUAAUAAAUAUAUUAUUGGAUAAAAAAAUUUAAAUAGCUACAUGCCUGCCUCAAACAUUGAUUUUACAAGAUAACCUUUAUAUAGUGAAAGCAAAGUUCCAAGAAUGGCAUGGUUGUUGCUAGUUCUUGCAGUUUUGCUACCAUUCUGAUAUUUGUGUGAUCUAGGCAUGAUCAGCAAGUCUUUGGAAUUGUAGCUAAGAACAGGUCAUAACUUGUCAAAUGUUGGAACAUUGAAUCUUUAAAACGACCAGAGGUAAAGCAGACUCUGGCUCUUCUUCACGUUCUGGAAAUCGGAAGUUGUAUUUUUUUCUGUAAACUUUACUUCCUCCAGCUUUAGUGUAAAUUUUCUGUACAAAAUAAAUAGAAAAAGGUGAUUUAAGUGAUCAGCUAUAAUAGUGUUGAGAACAGUGGCUGCUUGAUGGAAUAUAUGGGAGCGGCUCCUCACCCGAACUGAUCUUCAAACUGUUUGCUAUCAACUAAGGGCAGUUAUAUUGCUUAGAGAUAAUUACUUGUCAAACUAAUUCAAAAAUGGUGUCUGAAUUUGAACACACAAAUUAGGUCUUGGAUUGCUGAUAGUAUAUGUGCCAUAAGAGAUUUUUUGGCAGUUAUUUCAUAAUUACAGUACUGUAGUAGUAAGUGGCAGGAAUUAUUUUCAACUGCAAACAAACCCUAAUUAUUGAUAAAAUGAAACAGGUAACAUCUGUGAUUGAACUCAAAGCACAGUACUAAAGCAGAAUGUAUUUAAUACUUUGUCCAUAAUGUUUACAGAAUACAUGUUUGAGUUCAUAGUACUGUAUCUGAAGAUAUGUACAUUUUGCAUAAUGCAGAACGUAGCAUACUUUAAGCAUAAAACAUUAGUACAUUGUUCGUUAUCUGAAAGGGUUCCCUUUUGACCCCUUUUACUAGGUUAGUGAUUGAAGUUGAAACAGAUGCACGGGUGAAUAUUUUAAUAUAAUCAAUGUCCACACGGUACUGUGUGGGUCUGAACAAGAGCAUGAUCAGUUUUGCAUCACAGAAUGUAUGUAUGUAACAUAUCCUUCAGAAUACUUGUCUGGAGACAUUCCAACUUAAUAUCCCUCCUCUAACCUUUGAUCUCUUGAAUUGCAUUCCCCUUGUGUGAACAACAUACUUGAUUCUUGUUGUGUAAUGUCAUCAAUAUCUAAUAUUUCAUUGGGUAAUUAUCUGCUAAUCUAAACCUAUCAAAUCUCAUCUUUUCCUUAUUUCUUGUGUAAAUGCACAAAUUAUCAUCGAUCUUUUAAUUAAAACAUUGUUCAAUAUUGUGUAGUAUUAGUUAUUUUGGAACAAUUGUUAUAUAGUUUUAUAUUCCUUUAGUGUAAGGUUACCAUGAACCACACUGCACAUGUGAUAAUAAUGUAUUAGUUUUAAACUGGAAACCUGCAAUUAUUGGAUUUAAUAUUGUAUCGUUUCAUUAUUUAAAUUGUACUGUAUACUGUACUGUAAUUUCAUUAUUUUGUUUCACCAGUCAUGUCUUAAUUUAAGAGAUAAAUAGAAAAUUUUAAAAAUAAUAAAUAGUAUUGCUAACUUUAAAAAAAAGAUGCAUCUGGAUAUUUGCUAGUAAAUAUCUGUGCAGAACUUUAAUUUGAUCUAUUCUUUUGUAUAUAUUUACUACCCAUUAAGCUGUGAAACUAUAUUUUACUGAUUCUACAGGAUGUCUACAAUAUCAUGUUGCUUUCCUCUUGAUGCUCUCAUCAAAACUGUAGUACAGUAUGCUGAAUAAAAUGAAUUGUUAUUCAUGUACUGUAUUCUCAAGUGAACAGGUUUAAAAUAAUUAUAAAUUUGUAUGCAGUGGCCCAUAUUCAUGGUAUGGAACAAUAUCUAUAGCUUCAAUGCCUUGCUCUCUCUCUCAGGAGCUCUCCAUUAAUGGGUGACCAAGCAGAUGUAUUUCCAGGAGGCUAUUAUCACCACACAAUCUUUUCACUCCAUGUUACUGGUUAUCUGCCUCUACCAUUUGAUUUUAUAUCACCCUUGUUUUAGCCAUAUCCGCCUCCAUUGGGAAGGCGGAGGCAGAAUUUCUUUCACCCUGAUUGCCCCUGUUCACCUAGCAGUAAAUAGGUACCUGGGAGUUACAGCUACUAUGGGCUGCUUCCUGGGGACGUGUAACAAAAAGAAAGCCUGGUUGAGGACCGGGCCGCGGGGACGCUAAGCCCCUAAAUCAUCUCGAGAUAACCUCAAGAAGAUAGAUCCUUUGUGUUAAAUUAUUCAAAUGUUUCAUCUUGAUUAGAACACCCACCUUCCACUUAGUCUAAUGUUUCUCAGCACUGCCUAAUGAUAAGAAGCCUCGCAAACAUUCCUUUACUGGCCCUUUUAUCUUCCACAGUACUUUCACAUCUUUUUUCUACCUUUUUUGUUCUAUUGCAUAUCCUUCCCUUUGUCUAUGUACACAUUUGUAUGAAUUUUAUGCUCGAAUAAAAUAUUUAACAAACAAAACCCUUUGAAGACAUACAACCACCAAAACAUCUCUUGCUAUGUAGAUCUGGCACAUGUCAUAUUCACAAACGUCUUUGCUUUCAUUCUAGCAUUCAUAUUCUCUCACAAUAACUUUUGUACUGUCAUGCAAAUUCUCCACAAAAUCAUUCAGUUGCUUCCAGAACCUUGAUCUCAUUCUUUUCCUAAAUAUUCUCCACAUACACUAGAACAUAUGCAAAGCUGUAAAAAGUUGGAAUAUUUUAAGGUAGCGGCGACUGCCAGAACUAUUGGCAGUUUGUCGGGUUUGGGAAGUAGAAAAACUCCCAGGACCCAUUAAAGGUAUGAAACUAUUACUACUAUGUAUUGUUCUUUUACCCGAGGGCCACUAAUACUAGUGGCCUCAAUGAGGACAGGAAGCCGGCGGCUUGUCACAGGUCCCCCUAUUUGUCUAUUGGUUUAGUUCUAAUUAUUGGUAUAGUAAUUAAUAAGGUAACCACUAAAAGUUUGGGAGGAGAAUUUUAAUUCAUCAUUAAGUAAGGUUUACCAUAGCAUAUGACAGAAUUCCAUAGCAUAACUUUGCCUCACAGACCAUAUUCUUAAAAUGUUAAACCUGUUCACUUUUGAGUAUCUUCAUUUAUUAUUUUAACUGUAUUUAAAAAUAGGUCCAACAGUCCAUUGUGGGCAGCCUGUAAUUGCAUUGUGGCAUUACAGAAGAUUGUUUUUACGGUUUGUCAAAUUUGGGUAGUAAUGAAAUGGAUCUUAAAAUGUUCAGCAAAUAACUUUUAAUCAGACUGCAGAUGGCUUAAUUUUUUAUGCCAAAAUUGUAAUGACCUUAACAAAUGUGGAAUAAAAUGUCAAAGGUCCUUAGUAUUCUGAGUUUUAUUUUUAAUUGCUAAAAUACAAGAUAUUAAAAUUAUAAAAUUUAACAAUUAAACGUAAGCUGUGAUACAUAGUAGAAACUUUUUUUUCUACUAUGCAUCACAUGUGGGCAAAUUUCUUCCACUGCAGUGGUGUUUUUAUUUCUCUGGUGCAUUUUCAUUGUUACUCUAUAUAGAUCUCUUCAGGUAGUGGCUAUUUACAAAGAUGAAAACCAUAAAGUCUACCAGCUCUUGAUGUUCAGAGACGGGGGGGAAAAAACAGGAAGAAAAGCAAGUUCAUAUAAAUUAAUUUGCAAAUUUGAAUUAAAAGGUAGGGUAAAGUUGGUUCCAUACAAUUAUAGUACAGUAUUGGCAUUCUCUGGAAGUUUAUUACAGAAUUUUUGGUACGAAUCACUUAUCAAAUGCACAUACAGCUUUGAUUCUAGUGUCAAUACCCUUGAAUUUUAACUACAAAUACCAGCCACCAGAGAUUUGUCAUAAUAGAAAGUCUCAGGACAACUAAAUCCUGUUUUUCAAACGCGGAAACCUAUUGGCCAUUUAUGAGGGAGUUUUGUUAUUGUAACAAUGUACAUUCUAGAGUAUAUUAUUAUUCUUUAAUUUCCAUAAUAUUAAUUUAAUUAACACUUGAUAAAUAAGACCUGGCUCUUGGAUAUUUGGCCCUGUAAGUGUCAGACUAGUAAUCUAGUAUCGGAUAAAUACAAUUUAUCCAAAUGUUUGGCAGCUAAUUUCCUGAACUGCAGUGUAAAAACUUAAUAUCAUAGGGGACACAGUAGCAGGAUGCAUCAGAACUAUAUAUGGUAAUGGGGUUUCCAUAUAAAAAAAAAAAAAAUUACAUAUCCACUAGACUUUCACGUUCAGCGACUCAUUUCUAGGGAGUUGCUGGCCACAAAGUUCUGAUAUUAUUGUGCGGACUUUUAAGUCGGUGGUUACCAAGCAACGAGACGCUGAUCAUUACGAUACCUGAUGCCAAGUUGCACACACUGAGGGGUGAUUGUGUCUAGAAACCAGGUGUUAUAGGAAUGUUGCCUAAACAUUAAAAUGAAGUAAUAUACCAUAAACCAUAAUAUAGAUGGAUAUCCUGGCAAAAAUUUCCUUGGAAAUGGGCAAUAGUCAUAUGCUGUACUAUUACUUAAGUGGCUGCACUUGCCACAAGGCUUCAUCUCCAGCCACUUGCUUGCUUAUUUUGGUUAAUAUCUUGAGUAUUGAAUUUCCAUAAGUACAGGUACAUAGUGUCAUUUCUAUAUAAAUGUCUUGCUAUACAUACCAUUGUUCUUUCCAUAAACGUGUUACAGUAUUUCUAUUUUUACAUUAGAUUAACUUGCCUAUGAAGUUUUAAUCUGUAAUUUUACCCUAAUGCAACAUUACAAGACUUGCAUAUGUUUUUAUUUAACAUUCAAUUGAUAUCAAAUGUUGAUACUUUUUUUUAAAGUACUGUACUUGUGUAUGAAGAUAAUUAUUGUAUUAUAUAAUGUAGAUAUUUAAAGCAUUAACAGUAUAUGUUCUUUAGUGCCGAAAACAGAAUCCAAUAAUUUUCCAAUGACGUCGAAGGUACAUUGUGGUACAAAUUUUCUGUAAUGCUACAGAGUUUUUUUUUCUUUUUAAGGUUGGCUGCCUUUAAAUAAUUAUUUCUUUGCCUGAAUUACUUUUCUACUUUCUGGAUGAGUGCCUCCUUAACCAUAUUGGAGUGAGAAGUAGGGAAUGAUUCUUAUUUAUGCUCUCUUCAGUUAGCCGGAAAAAAACAAAGAAUCAUGGCCCACAUUCUCCUAGUUCCGUACAGUAUUUGGUAAAGGCUGAGAUGUUCAAAUGAACAUGUACAAUACCUCAUCUUUUUAUGGAAUAACAUAUAGCCAUAAUUAGAAUCAUGUGGUAGAAGAGUUUACCAAGCUUAUUUGUAGCACAACUUGUAUUUAGUUUUCUUGAUAUUGAGGAUAUCCUGUUGAGAAAACCAGAAAAGAAAGAAUUCACAAAGUUGUCAGUUUUAACAUUAAAGGUCGACAUGUUUUGUUUUGUGGUUGUCUUGUGAUGUAAUACUUUUAUGGAAUGUCAGAUGUCUUUUGUUACGAAUACAGCUAUGUAAAUGUUGCAGCAAAGCAGUCGGACUUAACGAUACUUGGUUACUAAUAAACAAUUUAGUAAUCUUCGAAACACUUGAAGUCUGGAUUUUCUAUUUAUUUUAUAUUUUUUUCAACCUUAAAAUUAUAGUUCAUGUUCUUUAGGUGUACAAAUGCUUUAUAUAUGCAAAAUCUGGAUUUUCUAAUGUCGAUCAAUUUUGUGGGUGCACUGGCAUGAUGUCAAUGUAUGUGGGUUAUCCAAGGUUGACACUACAUCUGUGUGCCAGUAGGUCUCAUUAAAUGUUUCUUUGCAAAGUAAUUGCUUCCGAGGGUUUUAAAAUAGUAACUUUGUAAUUACCUUUGCAAAAUGGUUUCUAAAGUAAAGCACCAGUGUUAUGGCCCCUGCUUUGCUUAAUUUGUGGUUCCAAGCACACAAACCAUCCCCAGAUGUAGCAGUUCAAAGCUCAAGUUUUAUCCUCAGAUAUUGUGAACUUGUGUGGAGGAUAGUCACUCAAUGUAAUCUAUGUAGAUUGCUGAUGCAUUGCUGCUGGUAGAAACAUUGUAAAAGUUGUUUUGCUCUCCUGAGCUGUUGUCAGUUUCGAGGCAUAAUUAAGCAGCAGCAGUAGUGUUAAUUGGAUUUUUAUUAUUUGCAUCCUGGAUUACAUUAAAAGUACAGUAGUUUUCUUGUAGAGUAUGUGCCCCUGUACCAGCUGAUCAGAUGGCUAACAACAAUGUUUUCAUUUGACUAGUUUGAUUUAUUUGAAUGAAGAUUAUCUUGCUAACGUGUUAAGAGUUUUGGUGACAUGAACCAUUACUUGGAAGAUUAGCUGCUUUAAUUGUAUAAAUGACUUCCUGAAUAGCUCUUUUAAUUUUUGUUAAAAAAAAAAUUAUAAGAUGUAUUUGCAUUAAAAAAAUAUCACUAGAUCAUUUGUAUUUAUCUUCAACAUGGCAUGUUGAAUAAUGAUUCCAUCCAUAUUGUAACUAGGUAUUUUUACAUAUAAUGCACACAUUUUAAUAAGUUAACUCAAAUCACACUUGAAAACCUUCUCGACAUCAAAUGAAUACGCUUUUAACAUUGUGGUUUCCUUCCAAGGUAUUAGUUCACUGUGGCCAUUACCCCAUACACCCAUUGUUAAACACUAAGGGGUUACUGCUUACUUGCUGCCUCAUGGUGCCCAACUGUUAAUUAAAUGGAGGAAUGUU